CCAGGUGAUGUGGAGAUCUGUGUGCAUGUGAGCUCAGGAGCGUCGGGGCACAACGGGGACUGCCGUCCGCAAGAGCCUCUUCAAGAUGGGUUUCCCAGAUUUCUCUGAACCAAACCCGGCCUGGCCCAGCAUCGCCACAGAGACCAGCCUGGACCCCCAGAACGGGGAGACUGGGGGUGAGAAAUUGGCUGAUGGAGGAUUCACUGGAGGGGUGUGGAGGACGUGAGGGGCACGGAGGCCGUGAGGGGCACGAAGAGCAGGACCCAGCCCCGACCGGGCACCAUCCCCGGUAGGGCACCAGCCCCGGGCAGGCCCCGGCUGGGCCGCGGGGCAGCCAGGCCGCGUUGCCAUGGCGACGGCUCCUCCUCCUUCCCGACGUGCCCCGCGCCCGCACGUGACGUCACACCCGGAAGUGUUGCCAUGGCGGCGGGCGCGCUCUGGGGGCUCGUGGCCGCGCUGGAGACGCACCGGGGCCGCGACCGGGCGCUCCGGGCGCUGUCCUACGGCUGCCAGCUGGCGGGGGCAGCGCUGCCCGGCCCCGCGGGGCUGCCCGGGGGGCUGCUGGCCGCCUCCGCCCAGCUCAGCUCCUGCCGCACCGCCCUGCGCCUCUUCGACGACCUGGCCAUGCUCCGGCACAGCUGCAGCUACGGGCUGGGCCCCGAGAUCCCUGAGGAUUUUGUUCCAGUUAAGAAGAGAACUGAGCCAGCACAAGUGCAGCACUUCACCUCAGAGGCAGCAGCAGCUGAGAGCCCAGGUGAAGGCUGAGCUUCUGAGCAUCCUCAUGGACACAGCAGAUCUCUCCAAUGCAAUCCACUGGCUGCCCCCAGGAUUCCUCUGGGCAGGAAGGUUCCCUCCGUGGUUAGUAGGACUCCUGGGGACCAUCUCCUCCCUGAUUGGAAUCUACCAGGCAUCAAGAGGAGCAAAUUCUGAAGCUGCUUAAGCCAGAACUGAGCUUCACAAGCCCAGUUUACACAUGGUAAAAGUGCCUUCAGUGAGGCAGGGUUGGUGAUUUCCUGGGUUGAUGAUUGUCCUUCCAGAGACCCCACAAUCAGGACUGGAAUCCAGGUUCCUAUUGCAGAAGGGAUUGUUUGCAGCUGAUAAUUUUUAUCGCUCUUAAUCAGAGAAAUAAUUCAGGUGAAUCCUCUGAAAAUCAAGGAUCUCUUGCAGUGGGUAAAACUGAGGGGGAAAGAGUUGCUUCCAUCUGUCCCAAAAGGUAAAUGCAACCUGCCAGUGCUUUCUGCCACUUACAGGAGCACAGUGGCCACGGUUCUGUCACAGAGAACUGGUGAGGGAUGAAUCCUGGGAGCUCACACAGGAUGGGACCCCUGUCCUGGGAGUCUCCGGGUGUUUGGGCUCAGACAGGAGCCAGCAGGGCUGUUGUUUGGUGUUGUUUGUGACCGUUGUGUUUCCUCAGAGGUGAGAAAGGCAGGAAAUUGCCGCUGGACCUUCCUAGCCUGCCUUGCCCGUUUAAGGAGGAAUGCUGGAAGUGGAGGCUUCCCCCAGAGCUGUGCCUUUGUGGAGUGCCACCGGGUGGAGCUCUUCCACCAGGCUCUGGCAGCCACUGACCUUUUUUUUAUUUAAAAAAAAAAAAAAGGCAGGAAAUUUAUUAAUCGCCUUUCAAAGGAGCAAUCAAACCAUGCCGAGGUGGGGUUUGCAGUUACAGUUCUGGGCGUUGCCAAUAAUAAACGACACAAACGCUUCA